ACCUCAUUGCGUCGAGCUGCACUGCAUCCUCACGUCACCUUGAGCCGAUCGAGCAUCGCCAAACUCUACGGGCACUCGGGUACGGGCAUUACUCGAGGUCAUUCAAAUGAAGGCAUCGGUCAGGGCUCAAGUAGGGCAGCCCUUACAUAGAGGAUUCGGGGAGCUGUACCAUCGGUUGCGGCACAGUACGCCUACCACGCAACACCACGAAUAUGGUCUCAAGAAACGUCGAAGUACCGCUGCAUUGACCCGGGCCCUUCCUAUCGGGGCUCAAAGCUGUGGAGAGAUUACUGUGCCUCUCCCAAGCAUGCAGUGUUGCGGCUCUGACCGCUGUGUCUAGUCGUCUGGAUUCAACGCCUCAAUAAAUCUUGCAUCUCGAGGACGUGCGUCUCUACACACGACCUGUGCUCUGCAGUUGCUACGAUGUGCGCUUCGUAUUGAAACACCAUUGUCCCUCAUCGG